GCGAGCAUUGAACAGAAACUACUGACCAACCUAAAGGGUGCUUUGCUGUACUCCAGCCAGUUGCAGGGAACAUGCUGGCUCCGCCACCUGGACCCGACGUUGUCACUGCAAGUGUGGCAGCAGGGACUGCAGGCCCAGGCGGUGUGCCAGUGCUCAUCUCGGUCCUCCCACCACCAGGAAGUGCAAGAACACCCUCAGACAUAUGUUGUGUGGUAGACGUGUCGGGCUCAAUGAGCAAUGACGCAUUGCUGCAAGGGGAGGAUGGGACCAUGUCCACGAGCCACGGCCUCUCUGUGCUGGACAUUGUCAAGCAUGCAUUGCGGACGAUCAUUGCCAACCUGGAUGAGUCUGACCGUCUUGCAUGUGUGUCCUACUCCAACGCAGCCAAAGAGAUUUUCCCACUUACACCAAUGACACCGAAUGGCAGGACCCAGUCAGAGGCUAAGUUAAAUGAGUUGCAAGCAGAUGGCAUGACCAAUCUUUGGGAUGGGCUACAGACUGGGCUACAAAUCCUGAAGAGUGGACAGGAUGCUGAUGGGAGUGGGCGCAUGCAGCACAUUAUGCUUUUCACGGAUGGCAUGCCCAACAUCAAUCCUCCUAGAGGCAUUUUGCCAAUGCUGAAGCGUCUCAAAGACAAAAGCGAAGGUGGAAAGUUGCCGUGCACUGUGAGCACUUUUGGAUUUGGCUACGAAUUAGAUAGUGCUUUGCUUAGCGACCUGGCAGUAGAAGGAUUUGGAGCUUAUGCCUUUAUUCCUGAUGCUGGUUUUGUGGGCACUGUUUUCGUGAAUGCGAUGUCCAAUUUGCUUGCGACCAUGGCCAAAGAUGUGACUGUGACCCUCAAGUCCAGUAGUAAGCUGACUGUGUUGGGUGGCCACCAAACGGCUCAGAAGGAGGUCACCACGGUGCAAUUGGGCACAUUGCAGUUUGGCCAGAGCAAAGACAUUGUGGUGCUGGCUGAGGGUGAUGGACAAGUGGAAGCAACUGUCGAGUACCGCACUCGCAGUGGUCCUGCAUCAGUUCCAGCCGCAGCAGGCGAGCCAGACCCACUGCGAGUAGAGCUGCAACGCUUGCGGCUGAGAGCCGUGGACAGUAUCGGCCAGGCAAUGGAAUCCUUGAAAUUGACAGCUAUGGAGCGUGCAAACGGCAAGCCACUCCCUUUAGAGGAUGCUGAUCGUUUUAUCAAGGCAAUGGUUUCAGAGAUCACAAGCUCUCCCGCUCGCGAUGCAGACGCCAUUAAAGGCUUGCUCGAGGAUUUGGAGGGGCAGGUGACAGAGGCUUUGUCAAGAGAAGAUUGGUACAAGAAGUGGGGGAUUCACUACCUGCCCUCCCUGAUGUUUGCACACCUUACACAGCAAUGCAACAACUUCAAGGAUGCUGGAGUCCAGAGUUAUGGCGGAGAUUUGUUUCAAAACAUCCGAGAUAAAGCUGACGAGAUCUUCCUGUCUUUGCCACCCCCACAGCCUACAGUCAGGACACGGCCGGCCGAAGCUGCUGUUCCAGUGUCCAGGCCGGCACCCGCACCUAUCGCACCGAUCAGUAUGGCUGCGUUCUAUGAUGCUUCGGGUGGAUGAGUUAGGAUUGUCCACUAUCAUUAGUUUGCGGCAGAGUCCAUCAUGUUUACAGAGUUGGAGGCUUGAGAAGCGUGGCUUGUUGAUGUUGAAGCUACAACUGAGUCCCGCAAAGACCAGACAUUUGAGUAGACGCCACCACUACGAGUGGCGAUGCUCUUGACCCUUUGGAUGCAUCUUGCAACUUUGCUGAGUUUAGAUUUGGCCCUGAUUUGCAAACACUCAUGAUUCUUUGAAGAGUUUUGGUCAGCCGCUUCCAGCACUGAAAUUUAGCUAUUUGACUGAUUGGCGAGGGUACAGUGUCGCUAGGGUCAAAAAGAGAGUGCAGCUCAGCUUCAUGGGUUUGUUUGUAAGUCCAUUGAGCGAUUCUCCAAGAUGAGUCCAGACACAAGAGUUUUCACACGCCUGUUUCACAUUGUUUCACCAUGUUUCAC